CUCUGAAAAACAAUGUGGCCGUUGUGACAAAUAUAAAACUCAUGAUAAUUUUAUUCGGCUAAGUGAAGGCAAAAUGAAAAAGUUUGCUAUAUGUAAUACUUGUGCAGAAAGUAGAAAAGAAAAAAGAUGUGAAUCUGUUAGCGAAUUAGCAAGUGCAGAAAGUUUAAAUAUACCUGGUAAUGAAGAUGUUGAAAUGAUAAUCCAAAAUGAUGAAAACGCUGAAAUGAUAAUUCAUAAUGAUGAGGAUGGGGCUUGGUUUAGUUUGACGGAUGUAGAAAAUUUAAUAGCUAAUAGUUUCAAAAAUGCUGAGGAUGGUUGCGUGCAUUUUUCGGGAACUUUAAAAUUUGAUAAUGAAUUUAUUAGUAAUAUGUCAAGUGAGAAUCAAGACGAUAAAGAAA